CUGUAUUGACGUAUCCGCGGGAAACUAAGUUGACAUCUCUAAAAUUAACAAAAAUUGUUAUCAAGGUGAACAUUGUGAGAUAUCUAUGAUUGAGAAGAAGUCAAGGCCGGAAUCCCGGCAGAAGAAAUCAAGUGGAAAGGCAGACAAUGGCGACCAGACCUCAAGUUUCAAACAAGCAGGUAUAAAUGUUAUGAUGGCUUCAACAGUAGACGAGAAAGAGGAGUUGGAGGACGACCUAGACCCGGUUCGGAAACCAAGUGCUAUGAGAAUCAAGUCUGGUUACAGGCUUGCAAGUGCAAGGUCUAACCUACAAAAUGCACCUACAGGUGGUAGGAAUGCUGCUGCUGGCACUGGAACAUUCAAGCGUGGGCGUAAGGUGUCUAAGAUUAAUGUGCAAGGAAGGCCUGCGGCAGAGAAACGGGACCGGAAUGUCCCGAUUUGGGACGACAGUCUGGCUGGACUGGAGCUGCAGCGAAAGAAGGAUUCAAGGACUGUGAUGUUUCGGGAGAUCAACUUUGUGAAUAUAAGAGCAAUCCCCCCUACCCCAGACAUCAUUACUGUGGCCGUAAAAAAACAUGUCCCGACAGCGUUGAAAAAGCGCACAUACACAGUGGCGAGACUCGUGGAUACCAGGAUGGAGCCUCCACCAGACGUCUACACAUCAGAGUUUCACGGAGCAAGAGUGGAUGAGAAAGGGGAGUUAAUUGCCCACAGUAUUCUCGGAGACGUGGAGUCUUACCUACAUCAGGCCAGGUUACGGGGAGAUAUUAUUGUGGACAAGCCAGCACCAUCUGUUCCUAACAUAAAGAAAUGCAGACAACUGGAGAAUGUGCCAUCAAAUCCAAAGCUUAGGGAAGAUUUGGCUCUCAGUAACUGGGAAAAGGAGAUGACCAUAAGAAGACACAACCAGAAGCUUCUUGCUGCCCAGCUAGGCAGGUCUGAGGGUGAACUGCUCAUGUGUAAGAGUGAUGGGUAUGUGGAGAAGGCGGCAGCAAUCACCCUCCUUGACAAGGGCCUGUCCCCCAAGCUUCACCCUGAUAACUGCUUCUGGACCCUCCAGGCCAGCCAGGGCACCCACCAAAUCUUGUCCACCCUGACUCGGACAGAGCGAGGCUGUCCCCUCUUUCCUGUGAUGAGUGGAGAUGCAGACUCAAUUGCAGCUAUCAAAGGUCGGCCAGAUGGUGGAAUCCUGUGCCACUGGAAGGACUCCAAGUACCUCAGUGAAAGAAUUGAGGCAAGCCAAGGGAAAAUUGUCAUCGCAAAUAAUGUGCUGUUCAAUGCCCUAGAGCUGAAGGGCAAUGCAGUAUUUCCACAAAAAAACUCUUUUGCGGAAGAAGAGUUAGGCAAGGGGGAUAAAUCUGCACUUCAGUCCAAGGAAGGCAACCCAGUGAUUGCAAGAGUUCCCUGCCUUCUGCCCAGUGGUACCCAGGGAGGACAGGAGGAGGCGAAGACCAUGUCUAGCACCCAAAAACGCCUGUUUGGCAAUGGUGGAGAUGAAGAAAAACAAACUUUAAGAGAGGAUGGCCCAGCCCUGUGUAUAGGAGGUACAAUAUUGCGAUGGACAGGUCAGCAUGGGAAUAUAAGAGAAAGGAAGCCUAAAAGCAUCGCCAAGACAACCAUCUACAGAGACCUUUUCACUGAACACAAAGGCUAUCAGGACAGUAACAAUGCUGUUAAGUCUUAUUCUACAUGUGAUCGAUCCCAGAGUUUGUGUAGUUGUGGGAAUGACCUUGAUUGUGAAAUAGAAAAUACGUUUCAAACCGGCAAGAAAGAACGAUAUUCAUCAAGGAAUGGUAGAACAAUAUUCAAAUCUCUGUUCUCAAAGAAAUCCGAAGAAAUUUCUUGUUGCCAUAGUGACAAUGUAGCCAAGGAGAUGCGGAUCAUUGUCCAAGGGAAGGUUGGGCAGGUGGUCCCUAUCAAUGCUGUGCUGGAGAAUGUAGGAACAACAGCCAUCAAGUUCCACUGGCUGGUGUAAUACUCCCGAGAGACAAGCUCUACGUGCCAAUGAUAUUCCGGUCCCAGCAUCCCGGUAUCUUCACCGAGACAUGGAGCCUCAAGACAUCGCCAGAGCUUGAGGGUGGGGCAGAUAUUAGGUUCAUCU